AUGUCUGAAGAAUUCGAUAUUUACGGUGACGACACUUAUGGUUCCGAGAUCCAGUCUGAUGAUAUCUUGGGAGAAAUUGUUGGCGAAUCGACACCUAGCAGACAAGCUAAACGACGAAAACCAAACCCACAAAACCCGGAAGAUGACUUGUUUGAAGACUUUGGAGAAAUUGAUAAGGAGGCAAAAGCUACGACUACUACUGCUAGCUCCGUCAUCCAUAAUCGAAACGAAAAGCCUUCAACACAAUCACCAUCCACUACUAAUAACUCGCAGACGCUUCCGAAACAAAAUGCAGUAGCAUCUUCCUCCAGCACAUCUUCUAACAUCACAAACACAAAUACAGCAUCACGGCGUGAAUUACCCGUAUCCAUGUCAAAUCUUCGUGGUAUGGUGGGGCAUCCAACAACUGGCAUUUAUAUCGGCGAGUUGGCUUGGUAUGUUACAGAUGAAAAUGUCAAAGCACCACUUGUAGACGGAGGUAUCGCUGGAGAACUAAAGGAUAUGACAUUUUUCGAACACAAAGUGAAUGGCAAAUCUCGAGGUAUCUGCUUUUUGGAAUUUAAUACCGCGGAAGCUGCAGCAAAGGCCAAGGAUAUAUACGAUAAUUGCGAGAUUGAUGGCAAAACGCCGAAUGUGAGUUUCACUACAUCCCAAAACCCGUUUAAGCAUAUUCCAAAAGAGCCGGUGCCAAAAUCACAAAGAGCACCACAACGUGAAUCACGAAUGAACAACAAUACCAACACCAGCAAUGCAGGACCACAAAUGAUGAGCGGUGGCUUUAAUCCAAUGAUGGCAGCAGGUGGAUUCAACCCGGCCUUUGCCAACAUGGGUGCCAACAUGGGUGCUAAUAUGGGUGCUAAUAUGGGUGCCAAUAUGGGAGCGGCCAACAUGGGAAUGAAUCCGUAUGGUGGAUUUAAUCCUAUGGCAGCCGCUGCUGCACGAGGCGGUUUCUACGACAACAUGAUGGGCAUGCCUGGUGGAGGAGGUAACCGUGGUGGUCGAGGAGGCAUGCGCGGCGGUGGUGGCCAACCGCCAUAUAUGGGCCGCAUGGGCGGACGUGGAGGCGCAAUGAUGGGUGGCGGCAUGUCUGGAAACGGAGGGAUGUACAUCAAUCCGGCCUUCUUCGAACAACAACAACAAGGAGGUGCAGGAAAUAAUGCGUAA